CAGGGUGUCCACCUGGCCAUGGGGUACCCACUGCUGUGGGGCACCCACCCCCAGGGCACGCACCCACCCCCAGGGCACGUACCCAGCUGUGGGGCACCCACCCUGCGGGGACACACCUGGCCAUGGGGCACCCACCCCCCAGGGCACACACCCUGCCGUGGGUCGCGUGGCUGCCGGCACGGCACAGGGGAAGUGCUGGGAGCGGGCUGUGCCAGCUGCUGUGCGAGCAGGAAGGACCCACUGUGGGGCCAGGACGAAGCAAAACCGCAGAAAAAAGGAAGCGCUCGAGUGCCCCAGCCCAGCGCCGGCGGCUGCCCGGGCAGACGCACACCAGCAUCCUGCACACCGGCCUUUCCUGGCAUCUCCUCUGGCAAGCUGAGCUGAUGGCCCUCGGUGGCCUCUCCUCUCUCCCAGGCGUUGGUUCUGUCACCAGGGAAGGUCACAACCAUUCCAGCGGCAUGACCCGGGCUCUGCUGCUGCCAUGGCUGCUGUGCGGCCGACCCAGCGUGAAGGCAGUGGUCACUGCUGGGUUGUUUGCAACCACCCUCUGGAACCUGAAGGGCUUCCUCCACUGCUUCAAGGUCUUCAGAGAAGCCCCCAAACAGACAGAGCCACUGGUGGUCCUGGUGUGGGAAUGGCCCUCAAAGCAGGUCCCCAACCUCAGCGGGGAUGUUUGCCGUGAGCUGUACGGCAUCGCAGGCUGCCGGCUCACUGUGGAGCGGCAGCUCCUGGGCAGGGCAAAUGUGGUGGUGUUCCCACACACCAGCCUCCGGCCCGGCAAGGACAAUCUCCCCACGAAGAGGCCACCAGGGCAGAGCUGGGUAUGGGUCUCCCUGGAGUCCCCAUCCAACACUAAAGCUCUAGCGAGAUGGAACCAGACUUUCAACUGGGUGAUGACCUACAGACAGGACUCGGACAUCUUCAUCCCCUAUGGCAAGCUUGUGCCCAACCAGUCAGCCACUGUGAACAUCCCCACCAAGACCAGCUUGGUGUCCUGGGUUGUCAGCAACUACCACAGGACUCAGAAAAGAGCCCAAGUCUACAAAAACCUCUCCAGGUACCUCCACGUGAACAUCUAUGGGAAAGCAAACAAAAAGCCGCUUUGCAACGACUGCCUCUUGCCAACAACGUCCAAGUCCAAGUUCUACUUGGCCUUCGAGAACUCCAUCCACCAGGACUACAUAACCGAAAAGCUCUGGAGGAACUCGCUGAUGGCUGGCACCGUGCCCGUGGUGCUGGGCCCUCCCCGGGCCAACUACGAGCAGUUUGUUCCUGCAGACUCCUUCAUUCACGUUGAUGACUUUGGCUCCCUGGCAGAGCUGGCCACCUUCCUGAAGACCAUGAAUUCCAGCCGCUACCGGCAGUUCUUCGCCUGGCAGGAGAGGUUCAGCGUGAAGCUCUAUGAUGACUGGAGGGAGAGGAUCUGCACCAUCUGCACCGCCUACCCCAGCCUGCCCCGCGACCGUGUCUAUCCUGACCUGCAGAGCUGGUUCAACGCCUAAUGUGGGGCUGGUUUGUGCUAGACCACAUCUGGGCAGAGGACAUCGGAGGGGGUGAAGUGUGGGGCAGCCUCCUACAGACCAGGACAUGGGGCAGGAAGGGGUGCGGGAUCUCCAACCUCUCCUCCCAGCCUGGCUGUUGCCACACUGGGAUCUUAAGCAACUUGGUGUGACCCAAUUUGUUGCAAAACGGGACCGAUCGCCCUCAGACCCCACAGACCAAACUUGGCAGGACUGGAGGGACCUUUGGA